AUGGAGACUGCAAGUGAGAGUAGCUCGUCGUCAGGGGUUGACAGUGUCUUUUUGUUCGAUUCUAAAGCGGUAGCACAAAUGACUGGCAGUGAAGAGGGAGAAGGAGACCAGCACUUCAGGAAGAUGAAGUCCUCAGUACACUCGGAAGAAGAUGAUUUUGUUCCAGAACUUCAUAGAGACGUUCAUCCUCGAGAGCGGCCUGACUGGGAAGAAACACUCAGUGCAAUGGCAAGGGGAGCAGAUGUUCCAGAUAUUUCUGGAGACCUUACUCUGAAGACAUGUGGCAGCACAGCCAGCAUGAAGAUGAAGCAUGUGAAAAAGUUACCCUUCACCAAAGGUCACUUUCCGAAGAUGGCUGAAUGUGCACAUUUCCACUAUGAAAAUGUUGAGUUUGGCAGCAUACAGCUUUCACUUUCAGAAGAACAGAACGAAGUAACAAAAAAUGGCUGUGAAUCAAAAGAGUUGGUCUACCUCGUGCAGAUUGCUUGUCAGGGCAAAAGUUGGAUUGUUAAACGAAGUUACGAAGAUUUUCGGGUACUUGAUAAACAUCUUCAUUUAUGCAUUUAUGACCGAAGGUUCUCCCAGCUCUCAGAGCUUCCUCGUUCUGAUGCUUUGAAGGAUAGUCCAGGGUCAAUCACUCAGAUGCUUGUGGCUUAUCUGGCACGCCUUUCAGCUAUUGCUGGCAACAAGAUCAAUUGUGGACCUGCUCUUACUUGGAUGGAGAUUGACAAUAAGGGGAAUCACCUCCUAGUUCAUGAGGAAUCAUCCAUCAACACGCCUGCUGUUGGUGCUGCCCACGUUAUCAAGAGGUAUACUGCUCGGGCCCCUGAUGAGCUGACCUUAGAGGUGGGGGACAUUGUUUCCGUUAUUGAUAUGCCCCCCAAAGUAUUAAGCACAUGGUGGAGAGGCAAGCAUGGAUUCCAGGUGGGACUCUUCCCUGGACACUGUGUGGAGUUAAUUAACCAGAAAGUUCCCCAGUCAGUGACCAAUUCUGUGCCAAAACCAGUGUCUAAGAAGCACGGCAAGCUCAUUACUUUCUUACGCACAUUCAUGAAGUCUCGUCCAACGAAACAGAAAUUGAAGCAGCGAGGAAUCUUGAAAGAGAGGGUGUUUGGUUGUGACCUGGGAGAACACCUCCUGAACUCUGGUUUUGAAGUACCCCAGGUUCUUCAGAGCUGCACAGCAUUCAUCGAGAGGUAUGGCAUUGUCGACGGAAUCUAUCGUCUCUCUGGCGUCGCCUCCAACAUUCAGAGACUACGCCACGAGUUUGACUCUGAACAUGUUCCCGACCUGACAAAAGAACCGUAUGUCCAAGACAUUCAUUCUGUUGGCUCCCUUUGUAAGCUGUACUUCCGAGAGCUCCCAAACCCACUGCUCACAUACCAACUCUAUGAGAAAUUUUCUGAUGCUGUUUCAGCAGCAACAGAUGAAGAAAGGCUGAUAAAAAUUCAUGAUGUCAUUCAGCAGCUCCCCCCUCCACACUACAGGACACUGGAGUUCCUGAUGAGACACUUAUCCCUUCUAGCUGACUAUUGUUCCAUCACAAAUAUGCACGCAAAAAAUCUAGCAAUUGUUUGGGCUCCAAACCUGCUAAGAUCAAAGCAGAUCGAAUCUGCCUGCUUCAGUGGGACGGCAGCAUUUAUGGAGGUGAGGAUUCAGUCUGUGGUUGUGGAAUUCAUCCUGAACCAUGUGGAUGUCCUCUUCAGUGGGAAGAUCAGUGCGGCCAUCCAGGAGGGGCCAGCUUCCCUAUCAAGACCCAAGUCCUUACUGGUUUCUUCGCCCCCCACCAAGCUGCUGACGCUGGAGGAAGCCCAAGCCAGAACGCAGGCUCAAGUCGGCUCUCCAAUUGUGACUGAAAACAAGUAUAUUGAAGUAGGAGAAGGACCUGCUGCACUUCAGGGAAAGUUUCAUACUAUAAUUGAAUUUCCACUUGAAAGGAAGAGGCCUCAAAAUAAAAUGAAGAAAUCUCCAGUGGGCAGCUGGCGUUCCUUUUUCAAUCUGGGUAAAUCAUCAUCUGUUUCGAAACGGAAGCUCCAGAGAAAUGAGAGUGAGCCGUCUGAGAUGAAAGCCAUAGCGCUGAAAGGUGGCAGAGCAGAAGGAACCCUCCGUUCAGCUAAAAGUGAGGAGUCUCUUACUUCUCUUCAUACAGGUGAUGGUGAUUCCAAGCUAUUCCGACCCCAAAGACCCCGGUCAAGCAGUGAUGCACUCUCUGCCUCCUUUAAUGGGGAACCGCUGGGGAACCGCUGCAAUUCCUAUGAUAACCUACCCCGGGACAACCAAAGUGACGAUGAGGUCGGGCUGCUCCACAUCCCAGCGCUCGUGUCUCCUCAUUCAGCCGAGGAUGUGGAUUUGAGCCCACCUGACAUUGGAGUGGCCAGCUUGGACUUUGACCCAAUGUCAUUUCAGUGUAGCCCCCCAAAGGCUGAAUCAGAAUGUCUGGAAAGUGGUACUUCAUAUUUAGAUUCAUUAGGAUACUCCAAGGAUAAACCAAGUCCCAAUAAAAGAGAAGCAGAGGGAGGUGGAAGCCAGUCUCAGACUCCAGGAAGCACUGCAAGUUCUGAACCUAUCUCUCCUCUUCAGGAAAAACUGAGUCCAUUCUUUACCCUGGACCUGAGUCCAACUGAAGAUCACUCCUCCAAACCAUCGUUCACUGAAAAGGUCGUGUAUGCUUUCUCUCCAAAGAUUGGACGGAAAUUAAGCAAAUCGCCUUCUAUGAACAUAUCUGAACCAAUCUCAGUCACCCUUCCUGCUCGGGUAUCUGAAGUCGUUGUUGCAAUUUCUGACCUGGCCACUCAGAAUACAUCUACUCCAACCUGGAACAAAAGCGUAGAAGAAAGUGAUGCCACAAAACUAUUUCUUACCCAGGUACUAAAGACGAAUACAAGUGAGCAAGAAGCCCAAGAAGAAUGUGAAAUUGAAGCCCAGGCCCUGGACCAGGUGGCUGUGGAAGAGGUGGUCUUGCCAGGGAGAGAAGUGCAGGCCAUCCCAAGCAGUCAGUGUAAGGCCGUACCUGCUGGACAGGCACAGACAGGAGCAGUUACCCAUGACCCCCCUCAGGAUUACGUUCCCGUCAGUUCAGUUUCUCUUAUCCCACCACCACCGCCUCCGAAAAGCGUUGCCCGCAUGCUGGCAUUAGCUUUAGCUGAGUCCGCACAGCAAGCCUCAACACAGUCCUUCAAGAGACCAGGGAAUUCUCAGUCUGGGUUUGCAGAUUAUGGAGACACAGCAGUGGCUGCAACUGAAGAUAAACCACCCAAUUCCUCCCCUAGUGUACCUCUAGAUAGGGCCUGUUACCAAGCUGACAUGGCCGUGGAGCAGCUGCCCCCCCAAAACAGUGUGUCUGGGAUCUGUGGACAGCCUGCAGGAGACCCAGCAGCUGCUGAAUGCCAACCCCACAGUGAGGCACCUGAGUGUGGGGAGCACCUUUACCAAGCAGACUCCCCAGGAAAUCAGCCACAUCAGACUUAUUUAACUGGGGACCGAGAGCAAGCCCAUGCCACUGUCAUUCCCUUGCCAGACCCUGAGAAGUCUAAUGAUCCUGGGUGUUUCCCUGAAGACCAGUCUGGGAAGCCCACUGUGCCAGCCAUCUCCUUUGUGGACCAGGAAGACCCUUCUCACCCUUCUCACCCCCAUCUCUACAGUGGAGACCAGCCAGCUGCACAUCUGGGCACAAGAGUGGAGAGGUCCCACCACGCCCCGGAACUUGCCGACAAUUCUUCCAUUUCGCCUAGGGACAAAGUUUACCCUCAUUCUGGGUCCCCCGAGGGAAAUCCCAUCACAGCCACCAUGCCCUACAUGUCAACCAUUACAACUGCAGCUGAUGCCGUUACUGGGGAAGCUGCCUGGAAUGUGGCCGAGCUGCCCACUGCAGCCAGCCAUGCUGUGGGCACCCUCCAGCACUCCCACAGGACUGGCCGGCCCCUACCCUCACUGCCUUCCCAGAAGUCUGCAGAGCAGCUGCUUUCCGGGGGACAGGUCCAAGCAGCAGCCAGUGUAGAACUGAGUAACCCCUACAAGGUUCCGGGCAUAGUUCCAGUUCCAGAGAGGCCACCUGAGCCGCGAACCAUUGAUGAGCCUGUGCCUGUGUUUGCCAAUGAUGGUGGUACUUCUGCUCAGUGCCCCAUCUCUGUGGCUGCUGUCAACACAGGACUCCCUGAGAAAGCCUGGGAAGGCUCCAGAGGCCCCCCACUGCACCUCCUGACCGAGUGUGUCCCGGUGCAUGCCUCUUGUGGUUUCACUGCACCUGCCCCUCCAGUUAGGACCAUGGAGAGCAGGAUUGCAGCAGCCGCCCACGGCACCAGUGCAGAGGCCUCCUGCGGUCCCACUUACCACUCCUUUGUCGCUGCUUCUUCAGCCUCUGUGGAUGAUGGUUUGCCUCUGCAGUUUCCUGCCUCACAUCCUAAGCAUGUUUCUCAGAAAGCAUCUUUUUCUUCAUUUGUCAGGCCUAAUAUCACCACUGAACCCUAUGGUCCAGAAAACUGUUUGCAUUUCAGUAUGACUCCAAAUUGCCAGUACCGUCCCCAGAGUGUGCCCCCACACCAUAAUAAACUGGAACAGCACCAAGCAUAUGGGUCAAGGUCCGAGCCACCAGCCUCCGUGGGACCUCGCUACAACACAUACAUGGCCCCAGGAAGAAGUGUGGCCGGGCACUACACCAAGCCUUGUGGCCGGGCUGACUAUAUCUCCUCUCUAGGCUCCUCUGUUAGGAAUGCUUGUUACCCCGAAGGUAUCCCACCCUACCCCACUAUACGAAGGGUACAAUCUCUCCAUGUACCCCCAUCAUCCAUGGUCCGAUCGGUUCCCAUUUCACGGACAGAAGUGCCCCCUGAUGAUGAACCAGCCUACUGCCCACGACCCCUGUACCAAUAUAAGCCAUACCAGUCCUCCCAGGCCCGCUCAGAUUACCACGUCACUCAGCUUCAGCCUUACUUUGAGAAUGGUCGGGUCCACUACCGGUACAGCCCAUAUUCCAGCUCCAGUACCUAUUACAGUCCAGAUGGAGCCCUUUGUGAUGUGGAUGCCUAUGGCACCAUCCAGCUAAGGCCUCUUCACCACCAACCCACCCGCGACUUGGCCUUCCAUAAUUCCAGACAAGGAAAGAAUCCAUACGCUUAUCCUGGCUUGCCCCCUCGUCCCCGUGCCAAUGUGAUUGGCUUUUUCUCUGGUAAUGACCAUAAUGGGGUGAACAUGCCUCCAACCACGGACAUAAAGCACACUUACCCUUCUUGGGAUCUUGAGGACUUGGAAAAAUACCGCAUGCAGUCCAUCCGGAGAGAGAGCCGUGCUCGGCAGAAGGUGAAAGGGCCGAUCAUGUCCCAGUAUGACAACAUGACCCCAGCUGUGCAGGACGACUUGGGUGGAGUUUAUGUCAUCCACCUCCGCAGUAAAUCGGAUCCUGGGAAAACUGGACUUCUCUCAGUGGCAGAAGGAAAAGAUGGACAGCUCCCAGCGAAGGCUGUGAGUCCUGAGGGCGAUGACCGCUUCUAUAGGAAACAUCCAGAACCAGAAUUGGGAAGAGCUCACCAUCAUGGAGGAUAUGGCAAUGGGCAGCCAGAAAAACCCUCCCUCCCUCAGAAGCAGAGCAGCCUCAGGAACAGAAAGAUUCAUGACAAGGGCUGUGUCCUCCCCGAGCAUAGGGCCCUUCAGGAAGCAAGCCAUCGGCAACUGUGUGAGUCCAAAAAUGGGCCUCCUUACCCCCAGGGCACUGCCCAGUUAGAUUAUGGGCCCAAAGGGCUUCCAGACACUUCUGAGCCAGUCAACUUCCAUAACUCUGGAGGGAAGUAUAUCACAACAGGGCAGGACACACUUAGACUGGCCCACAAGGAAGUGAGGCUUCCCAGAGAGCUGGAGCGUUCCAGAGUGAGGCCCACUCCAGCCCCAGAGAAUCACUCUAGAGCUUGUUUCAAGGAAGAAGAGCACCUCUCACAGUCCGUGGUCCCCCCACCCAAGCCAGAGCGGAGUCACAGCCUGAAGCUUCAUCCCACCCCAGCCGUGGAGCGGGAGCCUGGGGCACUGUACCAGUACCAGAUGCCCAGCAAACGCCAGAGCAGUAUGACUGUCAUGUCCCAGUAUGACAACCUGGAGGACUAUCACUCACUACCACAGCACCCGCGAGCCAUGUUUGGAGGAGGCCUAGGGACAUACGCACCUCCUGGUUUCCCCCACUCACAGAACAGGACAUAUGCUACAGCUUUGGGCCAAGGGGCGUACCUCCCCACAGAGCUGUCCCUGCAGCACCCCGAGCCCCAGAUCCAUGCCGAGUGA